CAAGAACUCACCCAGACGAAUCGAAGGUGGCAUUCCUGGAUCUGUCCCCACUGUAACCCGCUGGGCCACCCCAGCAGACUGGGGGCACUUGUCACGCUCCCACAUGCAGGUCGCUCGCGGGUCCCAGGCGACAGCGUGGGAGCCUCCAAUCUGUCCAUUCAAAGAUGCUCUAGCUCCAGGCACAACGCAAACCCUCCGUCCCGGCCGCCCAUUGACCACAAGGGACCCAUGCAGUAACCGCUCUCGACCAUGUACGAAGACUCUUGGUACGCCUUCGUGCCAGACCACGUCAACAAGCGCAGCAUUGCGGCCCCUCAACCCAGCGGCCACCGCAGGAGGGAGUCUCUUCUGCAACAGCCAAACGGCACCAAGCAAUUCGAAGCCGAACCGCUCCCCGAGCUAUUCGAAGAUGUCGAAACCAACAAUGACCCCCCGGAGCCCACAUUGACACGCCGGGCGAAAUCGUACAGCGACUUCUAUCACGUCGUUCGCGCCCAGCUCUCGCGCGACGCCACGGCUGCUAGGAAGAAGCGCAGGCGCCACAAGGACAGGAUCGCGGAGGCGCUCGUGCUUGCCAAGCCCGAAGACUCUGUCGACAGGAGAGAGCCCUAUCGCUUCCGCACCACUGGCGACGAACUGCUCGAAGCUAGUCAGCACGAAUACCUCCUGUAUGGACAGCAGCUGGAGGUCACGGAACGGCACUUGGGCUCGCUGAUUGGGGCUGCCAAUGGCGCUUUGGAUCUGUUGACCUCCCUGGGCGAUUCCUUCAGGGCAGUGGAGCUGCAGACAACCACUUUCCAGGCUCAAUGUGACGACCUGGUCGCCGAAGAGAAGCGUCUCCAGGUAUUGGCAGAUGAGGUGGGCACUGAUCUGCACUACUAUGCGUAUCUUGAUGGUGUCACUAGGAGGCUUAAUGCCCCCGGUGCUAGCCGUCUCGUUGACCAUGAGAACUUUGGGGAGAUUCUCACAAACCUGGACGCCUGCAUAAACUUCAUGGCUGUACACCCUACAUAUCGUGACGCGGAAUCGUACCUUGCAAGAUAUCAAGCCUUGUUGACCAAGGCAUUGCACCUGGUGGAAAUUGGUUUGACUAAUCACCUCAACCGGGUGUCCGCAGAGAUCGGCAAGCAAAUCACGUCGACAACAUCCGAUGCCGCACGGCAUGCUCUGGCGUAUGGCCGUUACCAGGACAUGAUACUGGAAGCCGACGGGUUGAUUGCAAACGUGCAAAGAGUCAUUGGCUACUGCUAUGAUUCUGCUGGUCACGCCAAGAAUACUCGAAACUUCGACUCCUGCUCCGAUACCGCCACCAAUCUGUUUGCCGUGUAUCUCGACAUCAGGGAUCGAGAUGUGCGACCCAUCACCCAGAAGGAUGUUGAUGUCUUCAAGAAGGAAUCUGCCGAUAUGAACGCGGAGACGGCAAGCCGCAAUUUCAUCAAGCAGUGCUACGAGCGGUGCUUCAACGAGUCUGCUUUAUUUGAGAAGCUCUUCGCCAUCGACCCACAGUACAGCACCGACAGCAAAUCCGCGUACGUCGCGGUCAAAGCUCAACAGAAACAGCUGGUCACCUCAGUCAACAUUGCUCCAAUUGCAGCUACAUUGCAGCCUGUCCUGCAGGGGUCUGAGCUCCAGACUGUAUGCAAUCUUCUCGGCUGGGUCACAAACGAGUACCUUAUUUUCGAGUCAGAUGAUGAAGAGACUCGCUUUGCCAUAAACUGCCACAAGCUCACUGCCAGGCUUCUGUUUGAGCACUUGUGGCCAUUGACAGACGUCUCUUUUGAGGCUGAAGUCACAAAGUCGAUCACAAAGGCUGUCAUUGCGCCGGAAUCGCUCAAGAUUGUUCCGUCGAACAAUGACGCGUCUUCGUCGAAUGCUCAUCCUAUCGCCAAACGCUCCCUGGAGCUACUGGCUAUGUAUGACCAGGCAAUGCCAAAAGAGCGCAGUCAAAAAUCGAGUCCUGUGGUGUACAAGAUUGUCACAGAGACAAUAUCGGCGUUGCAGCGUGCCGAAGCCAAGCUCAAGACCAACAAAGCUGCCAUCCCUGAGCCCGAUCCAGACUUGUUCAUGAUCAAGAAUCUUCUUAUCCUCAAGAACGGGCUGCUCGCGCUCGAGAUAGGCGACGUUCGCUCUCAGCCAGCAGCUAUGCAGCAUUUCGGCGAGAUUUGGGAGACUCUCAGCCCGCAAAAUUGGAUGGGAAUGGUCCGGGGCAUCCUCGGGGGCUCCCUCUCUCUAGGGCUGUGGUCAUCCGGCGCACAGGCGAACGGUGGAACCACAGGCAAAGUGUCACAAGCAAAGAGCGUGUCGGCCGUUGAGCAGGAUGCUAGCGAGAGACUCGACGAGCUCCUCAGGCAGAGCAUAUACUCUUUCACCCAGCGAUGGGGCACCCUGCUAACGUCGGCUGCAAGCAGCAAGACCGGAGGGUCAAAUCUGGCUGCCAUUGAGAAGGACCUUGAUGAAAAGUUGAAGGCGGCGUUUGGUGGUCAGCCAGAGGUUCUUGGGAAGCUGAAGGAAGCUAUCCAUAUCAACGCCCAAGCGCAGAAGGAAGCCAAGGAUCAGAAGAAGUAGGGUCCAAUUACGAAACAAAUACUGCCGUAGUCUCCCACGCUCGAUGAGCACACAAGGAUGUUCAUACUGUGCUUUGUGCAUGACCACCUAAACAAUGUAAUGCUGUCCUUCCUCUGACCUUCACCGGUUCCCCUGAGCGAGUUCAGACAGAGCCAUCAUACCGGUCACCCACCAGAAGAUUGGUUCAAUUUCAACUGCUCAACAGGUCCCAAUCAGCUUAGCGACCAUGCUUGUUCCGGUCGAGAUGGGGAGAUGAGCUUGCGGACCCAGCAGCGACCAUUGCUUUGUUCACCGUGCUUGCCGUCCGGUAAUAACAAGGUCUCAGUCGCAUCCGUGCACCUAAAAAAAAA